CAGAAACAAGCCACGGGCCGCGUGGUGUUUCUUUCGCGUCAACAUCUCUGCUUUCCUCGGUUUUUUCCUCUCUCUCGAGUCACCUCUCCCGCCAUUUUCUCUCCCGCGCGCGUUGAAACCGUUCCUGCUCCACCUUCUGCGAUUCAGACGAGCGCGUUCUCUCAGGCGUCGGUGGGGUAUAACACCUAGCGGACAAUCUUAACCACACCACCUCUUCGACACCACCUCACGAUUUCACGUCUACCUGAUUGAUACCCUUUCAUGACAUACAUUUUUUCUGCGCACAUGGCUUAACGUUGCAACACGCUCUAUCUCGUCAACUUCACAGAAUCACCCGUCACCCACCCGGCCCGGGUCACGGCAAUUUUAAGCAACCAUGCUCGAGGGAAUUGUUGCCAACCUGCUCAAUCGGUUCUUGGGCAUGUAUGUCCAGAACUUUGAUCCCAAGCAGCUCAAUGUUGGCAUCUGGUCUGGAGAUGUCAAACUUCGUGACCUCGAAUUACGCAGAGAGGCACUGGACCAGCUUCACCUUCCGCUGAACGUCAUUCAAGGCCACCUCGGCCAGCUCACGCUUUCAAUACCAUGGUCCAACUUGAGAGGCAAGCCCGUGCGGGUCAGCAUCGAAGAUGUUUUCUUGCUGGCUGCCCCGCGAGAGGACGCCGAAUACGACGCCGAGGAACAGGACAAGCGGGCGCAUGCGAUCAAGAUGGAGAAGUUGGACAGUGCCGAGCUGUUAAAGGAAAGGAAUACGGAAGGCAUGAGUGCUGAGGAACAACAGAAGAAUCAGAGCUUUACGGCAAGCCUGGUGACGGCCAUUGUGGACAAUGUCCAGGUCAGCGUCAAGAACGUUCAUGUCCGUUACGAGGACUCCAUUUCGGAUCCCGGUCACCCGUUUUCCCUGGGAUUCACGCUCGACGAGCUCAGUGCUGUCAGCACAGACGAGAACUGGAAGCCGACUUUCAUUCAGAGCACCUCUUCCUCGACCCACAAGCUCGCGACACUCGGCUCCUUGGCUAUAUACUGGGAUACGGACGCGAAGCUGCUGGGCUCAGGAACGGGAGCGCAACAGGCUUUAGAUCAUGAGGAGUUUGUGCAGAAGCUUCGAAGCAUGAUUGUAAAAGGUGACAGCUCCAGUGUAGCGGAUCAUCAGUUUAUCUUGAAGCCUGUCAGCGGUAGGGCAGGUCUUGAGAUGGACAAAACAGGCAAAAUGGACAGGCCCAAGGUCAAAGCUCGAUUACUGUUUGACGAACUUGGUUUCGUCAUCGACGAAGAUCAAUAUCGCGACGCUUUGAUGCUAGUUGAUCUGUUCCACUACUUCAUCAGGCACCAGGAGUACAAAAGGCUCCAGCCUAAAAGCCGGCCCAAGGAAGACCCUAGAGCAUGGCUCCAGUUUGCCGGCAAAGCUGUGCUGGAAAAGAUCCAUGACAGGAACCGGCGAUGGACUUGGGACUUUUUCAAGGAGAGGCGAGAUGACCGUAGACGGUACAUUGAGCUUUUUAAGCAAAAGAAAAAAGAAGAAAGGCUUUCACCCGCGGACACUGAAGAUUUAGACAAGUUGGAGCAUAAACUUUCCUACGAGGAUCUGCGGUUCUGGCGAUCGCUUGCCCGCAACCAGCUCCGAAAGGAGAACGUCGGUGUCAAAAAGGAGCCCCCAAAACAGUCAUGGUCCCAGUGGAUAUGGGGUGGUGGCCAGUCACAGGAAUCGGAUCAAUCAGACGACAGUCAAAUGUCUGAGCAGCAACGCAAGGAGCUGUAUGAUGCCAUCGACUGGGAUGAGAAAAAGCAGCUGACCGAGGCCGUGGACAUGCCGAAGGAGUACGUGAAGAUGCAAGUGGAAAUGAGCCUUCGCACCGGUAGUUUCACGCUCAAGCGUGAUCCACAUGGUAAAGGAACUGAGAUUCUUCGCCUGCUCUUCGAUUCGUUCAGCACAAAGGUCUUGCAGCGAACAGAUUCUUUGCUGGCCGAACUGAACCUUGAGGGCAUGCGUCUUUAUGAUGGUACUACCGAAGGCAGCUUGUUCCCUCAAAUCAUCACGAUAAAAGAUGCACCCCCAGUACCAGACGACAAACGGAUUGAAGAUUUGGAUGACGCCUCUGAAGAUCUGGAUGAGGAGAAGGAGGAAGCGGCGGAGCCCUUCUUCCAACUUGCUUUUGAGAACAACCCAUUGGACGGACGAGCAGACACUGCUCUUACUGUCAAGUUGAAGGGCAUGGAAGUGGUGUACAAUCCCAAGUUCAUUGUCGAGGUGGCAAAAUUCUUCAAACCUCCAGAGCGCCACAUGGAAUCCAUUGGUGCACUCAUGGAGACGGCCGGUGCGACGGUAGAGGGAAUCCGUCAACAAACCCGUGCCGGCCUUGAGUUCGCGCUUGAGGAACACAAGACCAUCGAUGCCCAGCUCGAUCUGCAAGCCCCUCUGAUCAUAGUUCCAGAUUCUGUCACUGAAAAGUGUAGCAUCUGCCUCAUCCUUGAUGCAGGUCAUGCUAGUGUCAGCAGCGAGCUUGUCGACAAAGAUACUCUGAAAGACAUUCAGUCAAAGUCGAAACAAGAGUAUACAGACGAAGACUUCCGGCGUCUAGAAAAUCUCAUGUAUGACAGGUUCUCGCUGAAGCUGGAUUCUACGCAAGUCCUCAUUGGCCCCUCAAUAGAAGAGACCAAAGCGCAAUUGGUGGAGAAUUCCUCCUCCAAAAACUUCCAUCUUGUUGAUCGUAUCAAUGUCGACUUUACUGUGGAGACAUGCAUCAUUCCGAAGGCAUCGGACCUGACCAAAUUCCGCAUUGCCGGUCACCUGCCAGUCCUCCAUGCAUCGGUUUCCGACUCCAAGUACAAAGCUCUUAUGAAGUUGAUUGACGUUGCCAUUCCCAAGUUCGAAGACGAAGGCCUGACCAACAAAGAGGUUGAAGAAGGGGCUUCCGGGCCGUCGAACCUCAAGCCUAUCGAGGAUGUCAACAAGGAAGCAGAAGCACUUGGGAAAAGCCCGUCUAAAUCAUUCCAAUUUGCGUCUCAAGAGCAUGAGCUUGUCAUGGAGUCAGAUGGUGCUUCUACUGUGGACGAAGAGUUCCAUGAGGCAUCUGAAGGCAAAAAGGAGCACAAGGUCAACAUUCACCAACGGAACUUUGAGUUCAAGUUCACUGUGGACAAACUACAGGGAUCAUUGUACCGCUCAGAUCCUGAUGGCAAGAAGGCCGAUCAGCUGCUCGUCGAACUUGUUGCUGAACAUUUCUAUCUUGAGUUCUACCAGAGGCCUUUUGACAUGGUUGCUGACGUCCGGCUGCAAACUCUGGCCGUUGAAGACCACGUCGAGGAAAAUCCUCUACCAGAGUUUAAGAACCUGGUGUCCUCGGAAGAUAUGAGCGAGUCUUUGCAAAAAGAUUUAUUCCAACUCAAGUUUGUCAAAGUCAACAAAGAAUCUCCCGAGUUCAUGUCAAAGUACGAAGGUAUCGCGACAAACCUGGACGUGGACGUGUCAACUAUCAAUCUCAUAGUUACCCGGAAGACGCUUUUGACAUUGCUGGAUUUCAUUCUAAUUACUUUCACGAACCCCGACCAACCAUCACCGGAUCGAAAGAAGUUGGAGCAAGCUUCCGAAGGAGAAAAGACAAAGGAAGUGGUUCGACCUACGGACGCAGACCCUGACAAAAUCCGCGUCAAGGCCCGGCUCAGCAAGAUCGCAGUGAUCCUAAACAACGAUGGAAUCCGCCUGGCCACACUAAGUCUGAGUACUGCGGACGUCGGUGUUUUCUUGAUGGGCAAGACCAUGCGUGUAGGCGCUAGACUUGGAAACCUAUCUCUCAUUGAUGAUGUCAACCAAGGCGUUUCUGAGGAGUCUUCCUUGCGCCAACUUGUUACCAUUCAGGGGGAAGAACUUGCCGAUUUCAGUUACGAGACGUUCGAUGCAGAUUCCGGCGCGUAUCCGGGCUACGACUCGUCCAUAUAUCUGCGCUCCGGGUCCCUCAAGGUCAACUUCGUCACCGAGCCUUUCCGAAAGAUCAUGGACUUUGGUGUCAAGUUCGGCAAAAUGCAGGCUAUUUUCAAUGCUGCUCGCCAAGCUGCUGCCGAACAAGCAAGUCAAAUACAGGAUCGCGCGAGCAAGAUGCAUUUCGACAUCCUUGUCCGCACUCCCAUCGUCGUUUUCCCGCGCAUGGUCAUGAACGAAGGGCAAGCAGAACGAGAUCGUCUUACUGCUCACCUCGGAGAGAUCUACGCCAAUAACAAAUUUGUCCCUCUUGAUGACUCUGAAAACUCGGACACUGCAAACAAACUGUCAGCAGGCAUCCGAAACGUUCGCUUAACAUCUUUGUUCCAUUACGAAGAAGAGAAGACUGAGGAGUUGGAACUGAUUGACAAGGUCGAUCUCGGGUUUGACAUAACCUAUAUCGAACAUAAACCGGAGUACAAACGCCCUGAUCUGGAAAUUGAGGGAUCUAUGUCCAACAUCAAUCUCAGAGUUACUCCGGAGCAGAUGAAGUUUAUGCUCGAAUUGUCAAGAACCAUUCCUGCCGCCUUUGCCACAGAGCCAGAGGCGGCUGUGGAAGAGGAUGUCGAACGAGAACUCCCGGAGUCUACCUUGACACCUGCCAGAAGAAUGACGGAAAAGGAGGAAGAGGCCAGAGAGGACCAGACUGUUGCGAACCAAGGUCCUGAACUUGGCUCAAAGUCUGAUACAUGGACCAAGUUGGAUUUGGUAUUCAAGGUUGGUGCCAUUGGCCUCGAGUUAAUUCAGGGUAAGGAGAAGGAGCCAGUUGGCGAUCUUGAGGCGGCCAGUCUUUCCAAGUUUUCGCUGAACGAGACGAGCAUCAAGUUGCGCAUGAUCAGCGAUGGCUCUAUGGAAUCAGAACUGUUGAUUCAGUCUUUCACCAUCCGCGACAGCCGCACCCGAGAGUCGAACAAGUUCCGUAAGAUCAUGUCACUCAUCAACAACGACGUCAAGCAGCAGUUCAUGGCUAGUCUGUCAAUGUCUGGUGGCAAAGAACGCCACUUGGUUGUAAUCCUCACUAUUGACAGCCCGCGGAUCAUCCUGGCUCUCGAUUAUCUGUUUGCUAUUCAAGCUUUUCUCAACGCGGGCCUUGCUACGGAAGAGCCCCUCGAAAUCGAAAGCGAGGAAGACGAAGCAACUGAUGACUUGGAGAAUUCUAUGAGCGACACUUCAAGCGCUCUCGUCAGACAGCAAGGCACUGAAGCUCAGCCAGCCAAAAAGGCGGAAGACGAAUCGACUAUGGACAUCUCUUUCCGCCUGAACGUAGUGGACGCCCAAGCUGUUUUGAUUGCGAAUCCAACUAUGACAAACUCGGAGGCCAUUGUCCUCGGCACUAAGCAAGUUCUCAUUUCCAAGCAAAAUGCAAUGACGCUUCAGGUUGAGAAGAUCGGGAUGUUCCUUUGCCGCAUGGACCAAUGGGAGACGACGAAGUUACGCAUCCUUGAUGACUUCAGCAUUCAAACUUCUCUCGAUAUGCGCAAUCAGGAUGAGGAAUCAUCUUUGACGAGUAUUCAAGUCGAUAUCGAGCCGCUUGUGCUUCGUCUAUCGCUCCGGGAUAUUCUACUUGCUAUGCAGAUUGUCAACAAAGCAUCAGCAAUGUCUGGCAAUGACGAAUCGAAGUUAGCAGGACAAGAGCCACAGAAACUUAAAGAGAUUAAGGGCGCAUCCUCAAAGAGUACGAAGAACAAGUCCGUUGGAGGAGCUGGUGCAUCAACCGCGCACAGACAGACUGCCAAAACGAUUGCCACGCACCGCUCCAGCGUUGCUAAGGUCGAAGCUCCUAAAUCCCAAGGCUCUGCCGUCAUCAAAAGAGAAGAAAUGAAAAUUCAAUUGGACGGUAUUCGUGUGGUUCUGAUUGGCGACAAGCAUGAACUUCCGAUGCUCGACUGGAGUGUCAAGAAGUUUGACAUUGACGUUCGAGAUUGGUCUGGGGCUAUGGUCGCCGACACCAGCGUCGAUACGUUCUUCAACAUCUACAACUUCUCUAAGUCUGCUUGGGAGCCGCUCAUCGAGCCAUGGUCACUUGGCUUCCACAUGUCGAAGGAACUGAAUCCUGACAAACUUUCGGUGGAGCUAUAUUCUAGGAAGAAUUUGGAGUUGACGGUCACCGCUGCCACAAUUGCCUUGGCUUCAAAAUCUGCAGACUUCCUGUCAAGCGAUGAGGAUGUUUUGUCGAAGCCUCGUGGAACGGAUGCGCCGUAUCGUAUUCGUAACUACACGGGCUUCGAUCUGAACGUUUGGGCUGUCACCAAUGAUGACCAUGAGGGCUCAGCUGCAAAACUUUCUGACGGUGAAGAAAUGCCAUGGAGAUUUGAGGAUCCGACCACUACCAGAGAAACGCUUGCUCCAGAGGGGGCUGCUGGCCUUGUCGGCAUCAAACUCGAAGGCAGCGGGUUUGAAAGCCUGAACCGCAUCCCUGUCAAUCGCGAGGGCGAAGCCAUCUACAGUCUUCAACCCCGCAAAGACCGUGUCCUUCACCGUAUUUGCGUGCAAGUCACUUUGGGACAAGACAACGUCAAGUACAUCACGUUCCGCUCGCCCCUCGUAGUGGAGAACAAUACGCAGAUUCCGGUCGAGGUUGGCGUCUUCAGCCCCGAAGAAGGUCAUUUGCUCAAGAUCGAAAAGAUUGCUCCUGGAGAUGCGAGACCCGCACCUGUUGGCGCUGCCUUCAUGCAUUCUUUGGUUGUGCGGCCGGAUCAAGGGUUCGGCUACACCUGGUCCAACGAACGGCUGUUCUGGAAGGACCUUCUCAAGCGUCAGACGAGGACGAUAACCUGUCGAGGCGAGAACGACGACCAAGCUCCGCCAUUCUACUUCCAGAUGCAUGCUGCUUUCGACAAGAAGGAUCCACUGACCAAUGUGUAUCCUUGUAUGCGCAUCCGACUGCACGCUCCGGUUGAAGUCCAAAACUUGCUGCCUUAUGACUUCAAGUACAGGAUAUACGAUGACAACACCAAGAAGGACUGGACCAACUUCCUCCGCAAGGGUGGUGUCAGUCCGGUUCACGUUGUUGAGUUGUCCCACUUGUUGCUAAUGAGCAUUGACAUGCAAGAUACCCCAUUCAAACAAAGCAAGUUUGCCGUGGUCAACUCGUCGGACAAGGAAAACUUCCGCAGAGAGAAGACCAUUGAAGUCAAAGACCAGCAGGAUCUAGCGCUACGUCUCAAGCUACACUACUACAAUAUUCCAGACAGCGGAGGCGCAUUCAAGGUCACCAUCUAUGCGCCUUACGUCCUUCUUAACAGAACGGGGCUUGAGUUGGAUGUCCGUAGCAAGCAGUUCUUGGGUGCCACAAAAUCUGCCGCUGGCCAAGGAGUUUUUGCCAAUAUCAGCACUGAAGAGAGCGGUCGCAGGGCACAGCCUUUCAUGUUCUCUUUCCCGACUGAUGACCACAAGAACCGGGCCAUGAUCAAGGUUGGUGAUACAAACUGGAGUAAGCCGCAGAGUUUCGACGCAAUUGGAAGCACGUACGAUGUCGCUCUACAGUCAACUCAAGGAAGGUCUGAGAUGCAUGUCGGCGUGACAGUCGAAGAGGGAGAGGGCAAGUACAAUCUGAGCAAAAUCGUCACCAUUGCUCCACGCUAUGUCAUCAAGAACAAGAUGAACGAGGAUAUCAACAUCCGCGAACCAGGGUCAUCCAACGUCAUGACUUUGAAGAAUGGCGAGUUGCUUCCUCUUCGCUUCUUGCGUCAAGGUGCUGGCCAGCAACUGUGCCUCUGCUUCCCUGGUCUCAACAAUCAGUGGUCUUCGCCAUUUGACAUUGCCAAUGUGGGCAGCGUCCACGUCAAGAUCGCCAAAGCCGGCCAACGGCAGAAGCUUAUCAGAGUGGAAAUCCUUAUGGAGCAGGCUACCAUUUUCCUACAUGUCAGCGUCGAGACCAAGCAUUGGCCAUUCUCUAUGCGGAACGAGAGUGAUACCGAGUUCCUGUUCUGGCAGGCAAACCCUAACGUGGAUGAGGACGAGGAAGAUCGUGGCUCUGGCUGGCGUCCCAUCAGAUACCGUCUGCCUCCAAAGAGCAUAAUGCCUUAUGCUUGGGACUAUCCAGCAGCGCGAAACAAGGAGAUCGUUCUGCAGGCCAACAAAAAGGAGCGACAUGUCAAGCUUGCUGAAAUCGGCAACCUGAUUCCAAUGAAACUGCCGGCUCCCCAAGGCGCAACCCGCGGCAAGGUUAUCGAUCUCAACGUCGUGGCAGACGGACCCACUCAGACGCUUGUGUUAUCCAAUUGGAAGCCUUCUAAGAGCUUGUACAAGCAGAAGUCGGGACAAUCUUCGAGAUCUACGUCAGAAGGCUUCGAGGUCAAGGAGAUGGACACCAAUGUCACAUUCAAAGCCAAACUGCGGAUUGCCGGUAUUGGCAUAUCUCUUGUCAACAGGCAGUUGCGCGAGUUGGUCUACAUCACUCUUCGAGACAUUGAGCUUUCUUACGGCGACUCAGCACUUUACCAACAGUUCGCCACCACUGUCAAGUGGAUACAGAUCGACAACCAGCUGUAUGGCGGCAUAUUCCCCAUUCUCUUUUAUCCCAGUGUCGUGCCCAAGACCGGCAAGGAGAUGGAGGCCCACCCCAUUCUUCAAACUUCGAUCACGAGAGUCAAGGAUGAUUCUUAUGGUGUCUUGUACAUCAAAUACUUCUCGUUCCUGCUGCAGCAGAUGACCUUGGAGAUUGACGAGGAUUUUAUCUUCGCUUUACUGGACUUCACCAAAAUCCCCGGUGCCUCUUGGUCUGAGGUCAAGGAAGGCAAGCUUUGUGAUGAAGAGUUGGACAUUCCAGAGCCGAAGCAAGAGCAUGGCGGCCAGGAUGUUUACUUUGAGCUUUUGCAUCUACAGCCCAUGCAGUUCGAUUUGUCAUUCGUCCGCACCGAACGCAUCAACGCAGAGGAUACGAUGACAUCCUCCAAUCCCUUCAUGUUCGCCGUCAACGUCUUGACAAUGUCCAUUGGGAAUGUUAACGAUGCUCCUUUGCGGUACAACGCUUUGAUUUUAGAGAACGCCCGUGUCUCAGUCGGUGCUCUCGUCAACAGCAUCAAGAACCAUUAUGUUCAGGAAUCCCUUCGGCAGGUACAUCUUGUCCUUGGCUCGGCAGAUUUCCUCGGCAACCCUGUCGGACUCUUCCAGAACGUGUCUUCUGGUGUCACCGACAUCUUUUACGAGCCUUACAAGGGUCUCGUGAUGACGGACAGGCCUCAAGAUUUGGGUAUCGGUAUCGCCAAGGGCGCUUCGAGUUUCGUCAAGAAAUCUGUCUUUGGAUUUUCGGACAGUAUGGCCAAGUUUACUGGUAGCAUGUCCAAGGGCCUCGCUGCGGCAACUCUCGAUAAAGAAUUUCAAGAUUCGCGUCGGAUGAAGAGGUCGAGGAACCGCCCAAAGCAUGCCUUGUACGGCAUAACUUCUGGUGGCAAUGCUUUCGCAGAGAGUUUAGCCAGCGGUAUCGGAGGUCUCGCAAGGCAUCCUUUGCAAGGUGCAGAGAAGGAAGGCGUGGCUGGUUUCGUAAAGGGCGUUGGCAAAGGCUUCCUCGGCCUCGCUACCAAGCCUGCCAUCGGCGCCUUCGAUCUCGCGUCCAACAUGGCUGAAGGUGUACGGAACACUACUACCGUCUUCGAUCAGGAAGGUCUCGACCGGGUACGUCUCUCUCGCUUCAUCGGACAAGACGGCAUUGUGCGCCCAUACUCUCAGCGGGAAGCUCUUGGUCAGUUCUGGCUCAAGACGCUUGACAACGGUCGCUACUUCAACGAAGAUUACAUUGCGCAUCUUGAGUUGUCGGGACGUGACAUGCUCGUCAUGCUCACGUACAACGGAAUCAUGAUGGUCCGCACGAAGAAGCUCACAACUGAAUGGGAUGUUCCUCUUAAGGAUAUCCAGACCAUCAGCAAGGAACGUACCGGCAUGGGAAUCACGCUCAAGGGAGGUACAAAUGGACCAUUUAUUCCUGUGGCGGAUGAGCAAUCCAGGAAUUGGCUGUACCGGCAGGUGGCUGUGGCAGUAAAUGCGUACAAUGACAAAUGGAAUGCCAAGGGUUGAGGGAUGCGGGAGGAAGAGAUUGUUUGUUUCUGUCAGAGUUUAGACAAGAAGGCUAAAUUAUGCUGGGCGGGUGUCUUCUGUAUUGCAUAGCGAGUAGAGCGUUUUCUUUUAGUCUCGUUCCUGUUUGUACUCUUCUCCUAAAAUUAAUGCUUUCAGUUGUAUCGGUCUAUCGAGAAAUGAAAAAAACCCGUGAUAACGUGUAAUGGUGCAGUAGGGGCACUAAAUCUCCACAUUAGUCAAAUAGAUGUAAACGGUAG